AUGCCACAGAGCCUUGAUCUGGGCUCAGAUCUGAAGGAGAGAAAGCGGCCAAGGGACCACAGUAGAGACAGCAGAAGGGCCAGUGGGAAGUCCGGCACCGCAAAAGCCAACACGAACCACCAAGCACCGACUGUGGAUGAAGCUGCAAUGAGACGGUCACUUCGGAUGCCUGCUUACUUGAGCAAGUCGAAAUCAGAAAUAUCAGAGGCUUUCCUUGACCUGGAAUGGAAGCAACGAUAUCGGGUCGCAGGUGCCUUACAAGAUGCGGACUCACCUUUCAAGCUCGAUAAAUCUGCUAAGGUGACGCAGCGAAAUCGCUAUGGCAACAUACAGCCCUGGGCAGACUCACGAAUACAGCUACGAACGCCCAUCGGAGGAUCGGACUAUAUCAAUGCCUCUCCAAUCAGACUGCAGUCAAUAUCCCGACGUGCGAUCAAGCAGCUGAAGCGGACAUCAUCGACAGCUAGCGCUUCUUCAAUCAAAACAGGCGGCGAAUACAGCUAUAUCGCCACGCAAGGUCCCAAAGACGGCCAGUUCUCCCACUUCUGGCACAUGGUCAUGCAGGAGAGCAUCGGUGACACCGGAGUGAUCAUUAUGCUUACGCCAUGCUACGAAGGCAACAAAGAGAAAUGUGCCCAAUACUUUCCCUUUGACAAGGCUCGUCCGAUCGUACUCGCCCCUGAGCAACGGAAUGCAAGCAAUAGUGAUGUCGUGACUGCUAUCCGAGAAGAUGGUGACCUCUUCCUGAAUUCUCCUUAUCGCACAACUGGUUCUAACCUUUUUCGUUCAGACCCUCAAAUCCCGACGGACGGUAACACGACGGAGACAAAUCACGUCCCACUGCCCGACAUGACCGAAGCAGGCACGGUCGAACUGCUGUCGUCUACCUACGAUGCUGAGAUAGGCUGCGUGGUACGAACGCUCAAGCUUACCAUCGGCAGCCAAGAGAAGACUGUGAUCCACUACCUCUACGAGCACUGGCCCGAUUUCGGCAAGCCAGAAGCCGAAGAACGGGCAGCCCUCUUGCGUCUCAUGAAGAAGAGUAAGGAGGACGCAGGCGAAAGUCCGCGAGUAGUGCACUGCAGCGCUGGCGUUGGCAGGACAGGCACGUUCGUGGCACUCGACUUCCUGACCGCCGAACUUAGCGCUGGACGACUCGCAAGCCGUACUGAAGAUCCGACAGAAAGAGACGCCACCACCUCGGACUCCAAAGUAACCAAUAACACGACGGCUGAGCAAGGCACCGGCAAGCCCAACGACCCGCCCACGGACAAUACCACAUACGGCAAAUCCGGCAUCGCCCGCUCCAAGAUUACGACCCCUGAGCUCAAACAAGGAGAGGGAACAAGCAUCACUGGAGACCUCAUCCACGACACAGUCGACGCCCUCCGCCAGCAGCGCAUGAUGAUGGUCAUGAAUGAAGUCCAGUACAGCCUGCUCUACGAAGUCGUCCGGGACGCAUUCCUGGACAUGUAUGCUGAGAAGGCUACAGGCGCUGUUGUAGUGCCCGGGACAGACGAUGGCGAUAGGACUGCCAAAGCUGCUAAGAAGAGUGCUGGGAGUCAAGGAGAUGGAGAAGAGAUGGUGCUUUCGCCGUCGUCGCCUAUACGGAGUCAGGACGGAGAGGUUGAUUCGGAUGCUGAUACUGAGAUCGCGGGGAUGACGCCGCGUCCGGAGGACGUCAAGGGAGAGCAUGAUCCGUACGCCGAGGUGGCGCCGGAGAGGAUCAGGCAGAAUUUGGGUUUGAAGGGAUGA